CCUUGCAGGGCUGAUGGGAGGCAGCGAGAGCAGAGACAGCAGAGCGCAAAGAGCAGAGAGAAGAGCGCAGAGAGCAGAGGGAGGAAAGGGAGGAGAGGGGGAAGAGGGAGGAGAGGGAGGAGAGGGAGGAGAGGGAGGAGAGGGAGGAGAGGGAGGAGAGGGAGGAGAGGGAGGAGAAGGAGGGGGAGAGGCACGGGCACGGGUUGCCAGCAAGGAGGGGGAAGAGGGCGAGGGUGGCAGGAGGGCACGAGGCAGCAGGGAAGCUGAGAAUUGAGAGGAAAACCAACAAGGUGCGAGCA